AAAAAAAAAAAUUGGGCUACUCUUAUUACAAAUUCGCUACUUUUAGACCGUCAGCUCGCUACUUUCAGCAAUUUAGCUCUGGCAUCCCUGGGCAGCGGUGCGCGGGCCCAGAGCUUCAGGCAGCUGCACCACCACGUUGUCUCCGCAGAAAUUUCCAUGAUUUGUGAUUUCUAUCGCGACAAUGGAGAACAGAAACUGCGGAGAACACGACUCGAGCAAUAAUCCUCCCGUCGUUAUGGAUAAGAAUGCCCAGGGUUGCGGAGAUAGGAACUUACAGAGCGGAGACAUAGAUAAUACAUAUGUAAUACUCUCUUCCUCUGAAAUGACGGAGAAAGAAUUAAGAGAGGAUUCUAAAGAACAGGGCGUGCAGAGUGAAGCCACCGGCGUGUUGGAGGAAGAAUUAAGAGAGGAUUUCAGGGAACGGAAGGGUGAAGCCACCCAAAUUCUAGAUAAAGAAUUAACAGAGGUUUCCAGGGAACAGAACGUGCAUAGUGAAACCAUCCAGGCACUAGAUGAAAAAAUAAAAAAGGAUUGCCAGGUUCAAAACUUAACAUGUAAACUCGACCAUUUGAUGAAUGAGGGAGAUAUGGAGUGCAGCAAGCAAAGUGGAAGUAGAAUAACUAAAAUGUUGGGUGAGAGACAACAGGAGCUCGGUGAACAAAGUGAAAUUACCAUGUUGGAUAAAAGACAAAAAGAGUGCGGGAAGGAGAUUGGAUUUAGUCAUCUAUUGAAUUAUAAACAUGAGUCUAGCGAUCAGAGUGGAAUGACUCAAAUGUUAGAUAUGAAACAACAGGAGGGCAGCAAUGAAAUUGGAUUUUCCCCUCUGUUAACUGAAAGACAACAGGAGAACAACGAUCAAAGCUUCCACAGUCGACUUACUCAGAUGUUGGAUGAUAUAAAUCAGGAAUAUAGUGAGUUGAACUUUCAGAAUAGAAUUACUCGGCUAGUGAACGAAGGAAAACAGGAGUAUAACGAACAGAACUUGCAGAGUAAACUGAAUCAAAUGUUACAGGAUAAAAGACAGGAAUGUAAUGAACAGAAGUGGCAGAGUGGUUUGCACUAUAAGAGACAGGAGUAUAAGGAAGAGAACUGGCACAGUAGACUCAAUCAGACAUUGCGAGAUAAAAGAGAGGAGUGUAGUGAACAGAACUGGCAGGGUAAAGUUAAUCAGAUGUUGUAUGAUAUUAGACAGGAAUGUAACGAACAGACACCGCAGAGUAAUCUUACUCAGACGUACGUUAAUAAACAGGAGAGAAGCAUGCAGAGUGGAUUUACUCGCUUGUUCGAUAAAAUAAACAUUGAGAGCAGUAAGCAGAAUGACAAUACAAGAGAUGGGAGCAACGCGCAGAACUUGCUGGGUGGAUUUACUGAUAUGUUGAAUGAGCUCAGACAGGAGUUUUGCUAUAAGAACCGGCAAAAUAUACCCACUCGUGUGAUUGAGAAAAGGCAAAGUGGCAGAGAGCAGAACUGGCAGAAAGGGCUCGACACUCCUAAUGAGCGACUCGGUUGUCUGUUAAUGUCUUCACGACAUAGUGAUCUCAAACUUAACUUCCGAGACAAAAAUGCUUUCUUCAAGGUUCAUAAAUUAGUUUUGGCCAUGACGUCACCGGUGUUUGAGGCCAAACUCUUCUCAUCUGAUGUGAUCAUUCAAGAGCUUACUCUUACGGAUAACCCGGAUGACAGCUUCCGCUGGUUAUUACAGUACAUGUACACUGGGUGCACCAAGUUGCCCUCUGCAAACAUUUGUCUCCAGGUCACCCAUCUGGCUGUCAAAUACCAAAUAGAUGCCCUCUUCACUGUUUGUGCCCGUUACCUGGACAAGGUCCUGUGCAAGGAUAACCUACUGGAUAUCUACAACGCCGCCGUCGCCAUAGACAACAAACGCCUUCUUCAUGCGUGCAGGAUGAGAUUGGUGACGUAUAGCAGGGAGGUGUUGUCGUCCCAGAAGCUUGGUGACCUUAGUCGUGACGCACUCAAACAUAUGUUGAAGGAAGGAAUUAUUUCAUCCGGCACUGCCAUCUUUAGAAUUAUCCUAAGCUGGGGUAAAGCUCAACUAUUGAAACAGAAACGGGAACCAACCAAGGUGGCUCUUCGACAAGAGAUAAAUGAUUUCCUUCCUCUAGUGAACUUGUCGACCAUGUCUGUCGAAGAUAUUGCCAAUCAUAUUAUUCCCUCUGCAAUCUUCACCUCAGAAGAAGCUACAACCUUUCUCAUGAGCGUUAAGAAGAGCAAGGCGGUGCAACCUUUCAUGGAAUGGUGUCGCGAGAUAUAACUUCAGUAUUUCAAGUUAUGAGAUCAAAGUUCUGAAAAAAUAGUUUUAAAGGAGUUGUCCUUGAUAACAAAGACUGAAAUCAGCUUUAACAUUCAGUCAAAACAGUUUAUUAAGAAGGUAGUUAAAGUUGAAGCUGAAGGUAGUGGAUGCAUAGGAGGUAUUUCAAGCUAGAGAAAAUGUCUAAUAAAGGCUUUAAGAAGCGUUUAUUAUUGGGAUCCCAGAAGGAACUGCUACAUAACCGUCAGAGACAUUUGAUUUGAUCAAACGGAUGAAAAAAGUCACAAAAUGUUAUUUUUAUGUGUUGAUUAAUAACUGUUGCAUUUAUUUUCGCUCCAGUUAAGAUUUGCAAAACAAAAGAAAAACUGUACUAAUAGUUGAUUAAGACACUAGUAACCUGAAUUACUUUCGUUAUUCAGCUAUAAAGGAGUAUCAUUGUUAUCUAAGUUUUUUGUGACAAAUUCAUAUCUAUUUCACAUAAUAUAUUUACAUUAUUCUGAAUGAGGCCAUGAACACUUAAUGUGCGAACUAUUCAAAUAUCAAGUUCUAUGAUGUAAAUGUUAGAUUAUAUUCUUUAUUACUGAUAACAUACAUCAAGUUUGCGUGUUAAGUGUUUGACUUGUGUUUUUCAAUUUUAGUUG